UCGCGGGAGUCGGUCGUAUUUCGUGUCGCUGGUUCGCUUCGAGCGCGUCGAGCGGAAAUUUCGAUCCCGCGCUGCGUUUCGCAAGUGUGUCCGCUGUCGAGGAAGCGGCCAGAGGUCAAGGACGAGAAAAGCGAGGUCGUUUUCCGAGAAAAGCGAGUCCGAGUGGAGGCGAGUGUCUUUCCGGUUUUUCCCUCUCGCCCGAAUACACGCGGAAUUAAAUCGAAAGUGACGCAUUCGCGGGCCCCUUCGGGUCGCGGGUGACCGAAAUUCAGUCAGAAUUUGCGCGAGUUGGCCGAUUCUCGCGCGUACGUCGGGAAACUUUGCGGGAACGAGCCACUCGUAUCCAUGGCGACAAUCAACAAGUGUGGCGGAGUAACGGUCGCAGCCACGUGACACGUUGCGAGGUGUAUACAACGCGGAUAGACAACCCUUGGAACCGCGAUUCUCGAUAUUCGUCCUCGAACUCGCGUGCGAGAGGCUUCUCCUCGUGUCUUGCUGUCAAAAUAAAACGAGAAGUGUCCAGGAUGAUGUGAAAAUUCGACCGAUAGAAGUGGAAAUCAAAGUGCGCCCGACUUCAGAGCCUUCCGGUGUGAACUGAAUUUGUCGCCAGGACGAUCGGACGAGUCGACAUUUCGUAAACAACGUUGUCGACGUUGGAGGGAAGUAUUUCCAAGGUAUCUCCAGAGUACGCGAGUCGUUUGUUUCGAGGAGGACGUUGCUCGGGAUUUCGCGGAAGUGAAGUUGGCUGGAGUUUCGCGGAAAGUGAAGCGCGCCGGAAACGCGCGCAAAACCUGCCUCGAGAGAGGAAGAACGGCCGUGGUGAUAUAAUCGCGGGAUCUCGUGAAAGAGAGAAGACCGGCCGCGGUGGCUGGCGGGUUUUCUUGUGUUCGUGUCGCGCCGACGUUUGUUGACAAGUGAAUUUCAACGUCGGCCGCUCUCCGAGAACACGUGGAUGCGUACCAUCGUUUCGUCGCCUGGAACGUUCGCUGGAGGAGUCCUCGGGUACACGAGAAAAUGCAUGUAAGAUCAUCGAGGUGACCGAAGAAGCAUGGAGACCAUGCAAGAAGGUGGUGGCCGUCUGCAAAAUGGCUCGACCGUUGGCAGAAUCCCGAAUAGAUUGAAGCUCGUAGAGAAUGAUGACAAGGUGACGUCCGAGAGGACAACGGAAAUGGAUCCCUAUAGAGAAUUAGAGCUGUAUCUCGCCAAGGUUAAGGAGGAAAUUGGCGAGAUAAUCGAAUCGGCUCCAACGACUUCGCUUCACAUCGCGGAUGAACCAAAGUACUCGACUCAGCCCGAAAAGUCGUCCAAUUACGCGAAUGAACCGUUCACUCCGAGAUCCUUGCCGGCCGCGAGGUCGCACGGCUUCGUAAGGAGACAAAAUUCGUUGACGAGGGGUGAGGAUAUCGGCGAUUGGUCGAAUAAUAUCCUCGCGGAAUUCAAUAGCAUAAUCGCCAAGGAGAUCAGCGAACUGACCAAAGAGAAGAAGAAGGAAGCCGACGACGACGUCCGGGUGAUACAGUACAAGGAGCUGCUGAACGAAUUCGGGUUAUCCGACAGCGAGAAUUCCGAUCGAACGUCCAGCGGCGAGCAUCAGCCUCCUCAGGACGAGGGGAACCUUCGGGAUCGCAGAAACGGACGACUGUUCGUCGACGACGAUUGUCGCUGCCUGCUGAAUUCCGAUUACGAUGAACCGCACGAUCGAGUGAUCCCGGAGAACAGGAAGAGCGACAGUCUGCCGGAGAACCUGCAGGACAUCAUCGGCAAGCGUGGUCGGUUUUAUACCACGGAUGGGCUAAGUUCCGACUACGACGAGCCCAGCAAUUGCCUGCCGAUGAACUCGAUCAGGAGCCAGAUCGAUCGAAUCACCUCUAGUCUACCGUCCAAGCUGGAGCGCGGGCGCGCCCCGCAGGACGCGCGAUUGAAUCCUUGCCAUGCACCAAAGACACCUGUAGGAUUAAGCUCGAGGACCAAUGAGAGUAUCGGCGUGGACAUCGGGAGAUCGUUGAAAGGCGCCGAGGAGGAGCCUGAAGAGGCCGGCGCGAAAUUGCCGCCGCGACAGCGAUCCGAGAGGAAGAUAAGUCUGCCUGUCAACUUGACGAAGCGUAGAAAGGCAACGCGCCUGCAGAGGCUCCGACGUGGCACGGACGAUCAAGAGACGAUGGAUCCCGAUUACGACGAUGUCUUCGUGAACGAAGAGUUCAACGGCAGAUCCAGAUCCUUGGACAAUCGCGUGCCAAAGUCGGCGCCCGUGACGCCAACGGAGGAAAAGAAGCCGCCGUUCUCCAAGUUGCUGAGGAAGCGGCAUAUCUCGAUGUUUCACGAGAACUCGGACGACGUUGUCCUGGUGAGCGUGUCCUCGCUGCCGGAUCAGGAUCUGUUGCAUCUGAGAAGCGGCAAGGUGAACUCGAAGGAAACGUUAAGCAAGAAGAGGGCGGUAUCGCCGCUGACUCUACGCUCGGAUAUUACUGCCAAGAGACUGUCGGAAUCGGACAGAGACGUCAGGCAAGUUAGUCCGGUAGACUUGAAGAAGUUCUCCCUAGUGCGACCAUGGGGCAACGACGUCGCGAUCAGCUGCGACUUGCCCGAGAAUGACGACAUCGAGGAGAAUUGUGGGAUCGAGAAUGGUACCCUCGCCAAAUUGGAGCACGUUGACGUGAAGAAGAUUAUGGAAGAGCAGAACGCGAGAGCGGGAUCCCUGCCUAUUUCCCUGCAGUCCCUAUUGUCGAGGAUACGAAAUGGUUCGGGUUCUUGUUGCCCGAACAGUCCACCGAUAGUGGACUCUCUCACUUGCUCCGACAUGGCGACUCAAACCUCGCCGGCGAUUUCGAGAAGCUCCAGCUUCACCUGGGUCAGCGAUUGCGACUCUCCCCAAGCCGAGUCCCAAUUAGAUUCGCAAUCGUUGCAAGAUGAAAGCACGUUAGACCCAGUUUCUCCUCAAGACACCGUGGACGACGACAAUAGAUCCUCGUCGUCGUCGCAGGACCUCUUGCAGAGCAUGGACGAGAUUUCCUCCGGAAGUCUGUCGCCGGAUACCACUGACAGAGCGUCUCCUCUCGAAAGCGGAAUUGGAACAGCGAGUCCGCCCAGAAGCACAGAUCGGCGCUUGACUAAACCGUUAACACCGAACAAAUGCCAUCGCAAAGAGACGUGGGAACGAAUCCGGCGACGACCCUCGAAAUUGAGCUCGCGAAGUGACAAGAACUCGCAAGACGUGUGGGUCAAACGCGAAAGCGUUCACACGCAAACGAAACAGAACGACGAUCAGUACUUGCAAGAUGCGGUGGACAGCAGUAGCGGCCUCGAUGAUUCCUUGCCGAGGAUCAAGACGCCCAGACCCACGAAUUUACCGCUGUGCUUGUCCACUACCGCGAGCAGUUCCUUGAGCUCGGGCGAGUUGCUCGAGACGCCGCCCCGAGCGCCGUCCUCGCCGUCUGCGGCGAGUCUCCAGCUGAAGCCAGAACCUCUGGCCGUGGAAAUGGGCGGAAAGAGCAGCAGUGCACCGUUGUUAGAGAACAACGACACGGGGAAGGCUAACGGGAAGGUGCCGAGCUUGCAGCAGCAGCCACGCUCGCAGUCGGAACGCCAACUAUCAGAAAUCGAGGCGCAAGAAGCUUGCAAAUGGCUGAGGGCGGCCGGAUUUCCGCAGUACGCGCAAAUGUACGAAGACUAUCAGUUCCCGAUAGACGUUUCCGGCGUGGCCAAGGACCAUCCCUUCCUCGAGGCCGACUCACUGCAAAGUCUUUUUCGGCGAUUGCAUGCCCUUAAUCGUUGCGCCAACAUGAAGCUAGACACGCACCAUCAUACACAUCACAGCACGAGCCAUAGCAAAAGCGGCGGCGGCGGCGGCGGCGGCGGCGGCGGUGGUGGUGACGAAUCUGACGAGGACACGCAGUGCGCCCUGAGCGAGAACUGGACCUUCGAGAAGAAGACGAGACGUUGGUCCCGCAUAGUCGACGUCACGCAGGCGAACGUCGAAAGGCUGCAGGCGAUCGCCGGGCAAAACGCCGCGUCCGAGGAGGACUCCCUCGAGGAUCGCCUGGAGGCCGAGGAGGCGGAGGACACCAUGCUCGAGAACCUGCGAUACGGUAGCCUACCGCCUGGCACCGUCCCCGACGAGAUGGGCCCGCGAUUCCGCAGGACCGGCUCGGAGAGGCUGCGGGACGGCGCCAAGGCCUUCCUCAGACGCGUGGAAUCCCUCAAAUCGCGACGACGGAAGCGUCAGAAUCGCGACGGGGUAGUGAUCAGCGGGCCUCAGGUGCUCGACGUCAUGUCCAUGCAGCAGAAGAUGAAGGAACUCAACUGCGUGGACGUGUCGCCCACGGGUCCGGCGCCGGUGGCCUUUAACGAUCUCCUGUCGGUAUCGCCUAAUCAGAUCCCGGGCUCACCGGUCACCCUGCCGGCCACUCCCUAUCAUCUGCCGCCGUCGCCCCUGGCGAACGCGCCCAGCCCCUUCGGCGACGACUCGUCCAGCUACUGUUCGGAUGGUUCUCAGGGCGGUGGACCGACGCCUACACCGACCCGCACGAAGCUGAAUCGCGCCCGCCGGUUCCUUCAUCGCGGCAGGGAGGAUCAGGGAGCCUUGAGCGACUCCGAAUGCCAGCCGACCAACUGGCGGCACCGAUACUUCCGCGAUGCCAACAGCAAUCACGCCAAGGUGCUCGAGUUCGUGAACGCGCAUCCUCAAAGCUCCAAGGAUUCGCCUGCGAAGAACCCGGCGAUCAGCGUCCGAGGCGGCAGUCUUAAUCUCGGCAAGGAUUCGCAGAGGUAUCGCGAUAAGCUCGUCCAGGGCAAGGAGGACAAGGUUGCGUCCUUGAAGCGGGAUGAGAAGAUGCACAAGAGCUUCCGGCAUCGCGACGAGUACAAGGAUAGCAAGCAAUUAUCCAAGGAGGUGACGAUCUACCGGGAGAAGUCUAGAUCUAGGAGCUCGGAAUUGGCUGGUAGUCAGGAAAGCGGUUCCACCAUGGCCAGUAGAGACUCGGAUCAGGAGGAGGAGUCGCCUAGGCACAAGGGGACCGUGGUUAGGUGGCACAGCUUCCAAAGAGGAUCGCUGUACCCUGAACCGUUGGACCCGCUGUGCCCCAGAGCAAUGGCUUCCAUGUCUUGCGGACAGCUUUUAGUCUUGAGAAAGUUGGCAUUGUUGAAGCUCACGGCUUGCAUGGAACGAUAUUGCCCGACUCAUCGCACCGGCUGGAACUGGGAGCUUCCGAAAUUUAUCAGGAAGAUCAAGACGCCCGAUUACAAGGACAAGACCGUCUUUGGAGUGCCGCUGUUGUUGUCCCUACAGAGAACCGGUCAAGCUUUACCUAAGUGUAUCCAGAUCGCUCUGAGAUGGUUGAGAGCCAAUGCACUGGAUCAAGUGGGCAUUUUCAGAAAAAGCGGCGUCAAAUCGAGGAUACAGAAGCUUAAGGUCAUGACGGAGACCCAGGGAGACAAUAUCAAUUUCGACGGGCAUCAGGCGUACGACGUCGCCGAUCUUGUCAAACAGUAUUUCAGAGAAUUGCCGGAGGCUCUACUGACAAACAAGCUCUCGGAGACAUUUAUCGCUAUUUUUCAACAUGUACCAGUGGAGCUGCGACCGGAUGCCGUGCAAUGUGUCUUGUUGUUGCUGCCAGACGAGCACCGCGAGGCGUUAGAGACUCUGCUCGACUUCCUCAACCACGUCGCUAGCAACUCACCCUAUAACCAGAUGACAGCCUCGAAUUUAGCGGUGUGUCUAGCGCCGAGCUUGUUCCAUUUCAGCCACAGCAACACGAACGUGACCAACAGGUCGAGUAGCGUGUCGCCACGUAGGCGGAAGACCGUGGGUAUCCCUGAUCAGCGGGAACUGUCGGAAAACAAAGCCGCUCACGACUGUCUUCUGCAUCUGGUCAAGAUGCAUCGUGAAUUAUUCAUGGUCUCAUCGGAUAUGUUGACGCAGUGUCAUUUUAAUUACAUGGAAGAGAGUAUUCCUGUCGCGCUAGAAGAACUCGGUUCAGAACUGAAGCAGGAUUGGAGAGGUUACCUGUACGCUUGCACCACGGCCUUAUUGAAGGAAGCGCGAGAAAACAGAAGUCGCGGUUGGGUCACGGUGAAUAAUCCCGCUGACAAUACUGUAGAAAUGGCGUAUAAGAAAGUGGGUGACGGACAUCCGCUUCGUCUCUGGCGAGUAUCAACGGAAGUCGAAGCUCCGCCGAAUGAACUUUUACAUCGUGUAUUACGAGAGAGACACAUCUGGGAUCCGCAACUUUUAAAGUACAGAUUGGUAAACAAAUUGGACACCAAUGUGGAGGUCUUUCAAUACGCCACGGGAAACAUGAGCCCGUUGCCCGCCAGAGAUUAUUGCGUAUUAAGAUCCUGGCGGAAUGACCUUCCCAAAGGUGCUUGUGUCAUCGUGGAAACAUCCGUGGAACAUCCAGAUGCUCCUGUCAUGCUUGGCGGAACUCGCGGCAUCGUUUUGGCCUCUCGUUAUCUUAUCGAGCCUUGCGGCAGCGGUAAAUCCCGCAUUAUGCAUUUAUCCAGAGUCGAUACGAAAGGUCGCACACCUGAAUGGUACAAUAAGAGCUACGGGCACAUCGCCGCUCUUCAUUUGAGCAAAAUCCGCAAUUCUUUCAAGCACACCACCGACGGGCCCGAAAGCAAAGUUUGAGAGCAGGAUACCGUGCAACACCAGCUGUUGCACGGUUCCACCUCCUCCUCCUCCUCCUCCUCCUCUUCGUCCCCUAUGUUUCUCCAAGUUCCCGACGAACAGUACGAUCAUAGAAUCCUAAAGGAGGUACGACAGGUCCAGCCUACGAUCGACGAAGAGUAAUCUCGAUGGUCGAGCAAUUAAUAUCCAAAACCCACCGAUGUCGUAAGUUAGCUUCAUUCAACAACCGGUUCUAGAUUCGAUAUAAGUAACUCGAUGUUAUCGUAGUAGUAGGAGAAUCCUCCGUAUGACGUUUACUGUCCAAAGAUCUUACCGUCCGUUUGUCGUGAAAAGUUGUCAGGGAUAGGAUGUAAAAAAGGAGGAUUAAAUUAUCUCAUUUAGCGAUUUCAAUAACAAAAGUGGCUCACUUUGAUAAAUUAAUCGUUUCGGAAUUUAAAAAAGAAGACUCGUUAUUUUUGCACUUUUGUCGUUCAAAAGCUUAUAAAUUUUAUCGAUUCCUGGAUCGGACACGAUUCUUGAAAUCGUGUCUCGUUGCAUUUCAUUGAUUUGAUCGCAUUUUAAUGCUAAGAGAUAUCGGAGAAUGACCGAUAAACGCUUCUGGUUGCGAGAUACAAGAUGAACGUCAUUCGGUGUUUUCGACAACUAUAUUACGACGUAUAUGUUCGGUGUGAGAGUAGCAAUUCCAUGGGUUUAUUCUGUGCUACAGCAACUUUAUAUCUGUGAUAAAAAUAAGGUAAAAACAUAGCCGCGCGCGCGCAAAAAUAUAUAUGACCAACAGUAAAGUAAAAUAAAAGAAUAACAUUAAUAAAAUUAAUAAAAAAAUUUUCUCAUAAUAUCCAAUUAAAGUUCCUGAUUGAUAUAAAGAUUCACCGCGUUUCGCGUUUAUUAGAAUAACAGAUAACACGACAGCCAAAUUUUCUUUUAUAUUUCACCUUUCGCUUUAUAUUUUAUCUUUUCCCAAGUGCAGCGAGAUUUUAUUACUCUACAGAAAUUAUAAGCGUCAAAUAUAUUUUUCUUACAACUAAAACUUCUAUGACUAAUGACAUUUAAAAAUGAGCAAAUAGAUUCGAGGAAUUUUAUGGCAAUAAAAUGUCGCUGCUUAUUCUAAACUGCAGAAUGCACUCAUCAGUUGUAACGACUGCGAUUAAUUGUAAGCGAUCUACCGCAUUUAAGUUAACAACACGCGCGCCAACAACGCCGUUUCUAAUCAAGAUGAUGACCGAUAAAUGUUCCUGUCAGGCGCCUAAAUCAGGGACGAAGCCUAGAUAAGGUACUGUCUUGCAAUACAAGAUUCAUUUCACACGUUCUACACAAGAUACAUUUUGUAUGUUUCUCUUUCGGACCAAAUGUCAAUUUUUUUUUCUAUCGUAGCGUAUCACGUUAAGGUAGUUGACACAUUCGUUGGUAGGGAAAUUUUCCUCUCCCGUAAAUGUUGCCGCACGUAGACGGACGAGUAUGUAAAUGUCGCGUAAAACAUGUACACGUGUGUCUAUUUAUAGCUACGUGCUUUUACAAGCACGUGUUUGUUACAUGUUAAAGAGAGAACCAUGUCGUCUCACAGUCCGAGUUGCACGAGGUGCUGCUUAAAAUCGUGACAAAAACAAAAAAAAACACGCAGAGAUGAUGAGACAUUUAUUUGAUUAUUAAGCGAAAAUAAUUCGUGGCUAUAAUAUUUUUCGAGAAAGUCGCUCUGAUAUUAUUCCUUUUUCCUUAUACUUAUAAUACCAAAUAUGAUAUUAUCUCGACUUUAAAUAUUGUUAAUUAGAUAUUUUGUUAUUAAGAUUCAGAACUUACCUUAUACUUUGAUGAAAUAUUUCAAAAAUGCUUCGCGCGUCCAGUGCAUUUAUAUAAAAUAAGGGAUUUGUUUACGCAGCUCUGCUCAUUAUCGUAGAGCUAUCGUCGAGCAAUGCGAAAGGAUUUUGAGUAAAGCGUAGAUCUCGAGUGGCAGACUAGUUCACUCGGCAUAAACAAAAAAAAAAUUAUCAUUGUUACUCGUGUCGAUGUUAAGAGUUAAGAUUAAAAGAAGAAAGACAUCUCUGUUUUCAUUGUAUCUCUUUGGAAUCGUCGCGAAUCGAUCAAUUUAGGACGUGCGCUUAAGAUGUUCGUUCAAUCGUUCGACAUGUUCAUAUGCAACAAUUACUAUAGGGACCAUCUCUCUCAUGCACGUGACGAAUAAUUUGACGGAAUGCCAUUCGCGAAGUCGAUAAACCGUAAGAGGAAGAGAUGUUACAUGUUAUUGAAAUAAAAUAAUUCAAUAAUGUGUAACCAAUCGCGUUUCAUUCAAAUGAAAUAAUCAUAGAUUUACCGUCUCUUCUUCCUCCAAAUUGAUACGAUUACAGUUUAUCUCCUCCCAUGAGAAUCCACUUCCGUCGAAUAAUUUGCCACGUUCAUGGACCAUCUUUGUUCAGACCCCAGACAGGAAAUGACCUGCGCAUGAUGCACCUCGUCGAAUCGAAUUCUAAGUGUAUUUUAACGUAAUACUAGUCACUUACAUGAUAGCCGAGAGUUACGGAUUACGAUAAAAGAUACCAUAAAAUUUUAUUGCGCAGCGUGUGUUGCCGCGAGAAUAUAUUUAAAAAUAUCAUUAAUUAAUAUUGUGCUAUAUAUAUACAUAUAUAUAAAUAUACAUUAUAUAUAUUUCGAUGUUAAGUAAUCAUACGUAAAUAUAUUAUAUUUUUGUGUCCAAAAACCGCCAGUAGAAACCUGACGGCCGAGUAAGGAUGCCGUCGGUGUUUCUUAAUAUUUGUAAUUAUAUACAUAUACAUGAACGUCUUUAUUCUUCUAAUCCGUGUUCCACUAGAAUGUAAAUAUGUAUAUUAUAAAGUAAUGAACAACACAGAGUUAUAUACUCAUUAAUA